CACGAAUGAUCGACGAGUUCUUAGGGUUCCGAUCUCCGGUUCCGCUCGCGUGUCUUAGUGGUUUGAAAUGCAUCGGUGAUUGCUUCUGUCCUGUCCGGUGUGAAGGUUUCUAAUUGUUCUUUAAUCAUGGAGAGGAAGAAUGGUUCAGUUGCUUUGAGCCUGACUGAUAGUAGUGGCUGCGAUGAGGAUACUGAUAUUGAGAGUGAAGAACCUAUGGAAGAACCUAUGGAAGAACCAAAUGAAGAGGGGUUUGAUGAAAAUGAACAAAAUGAGGAAGAAUUUUGUCAAGUUUUUAGUGAAGACGAUCCAAUUGAAGAGGAAGUAUAUGAAGAGGAACCAAUUGAAGAGGAACUAUAUGAGGAAGAACUAAUUGAAGAGGAAGUAUGUGAAGAGGAACCAAUUGAAGAGGAAAUUUCUGAAGAGGAACCAAUUGAAGAGGAAACUUCUGAAGAUGAACCAAAUGAAAAAGAGAGCUAUGAAGAGGAUCCUAAUGAAGAAGAAAAUCAUAAAGGGGAACCUGCUGAAGAAGCAAUCUAUGAAGAAGAAUUUAUUGAGGAAGAAAUAUGUGAAGAAGAAAAAUGA